AUGCAGCUGCCUACCAUUGCGACAGGUCUGAAACUCGCCAGUGUCUCGUUUCGCCGCAAUUCCAAGGGUUCCCCACAUCCAUGGGACAUGCGUCGAUCUCUCCAACUGCACAACUCCACAACUCUCCCUUCGCACACCUUAUCCUUUUUCAACAUGGCCCCGUCGGAUACUCCCGAGUCCGUGGAUGCAUUAGCGCCAGCAUUAGCACCAUCACUGUCACUGACACCAACACCGACUCUCCCAUCAUCAUCGCCAUCGCCAUCGCCAUCGCAUCUCCACGCAUGA